AUGGGAUUCCUUCAGAAGGCCUUUUGCGCUGGGCCACAACGACAGCUGACCCAUGCGAACUCGCAACGACCGAAUGAAUAUGGCUUUUCAACGGGAGGGGAAGCAUCCAAUGAGUGUGACUAUGACAAUAAUCCAACACAACUUUACCAACUUUUGGAGAUGAAAUCGUGGUCUCAGGCAAUGGACUUUCUAGUCGAAGGGAAAUAUGACUCGAGUACUAUUGAUAAUAAUGUCUGUCGAAUUCCGUACAAUAAGCAAGUUUCCGUAUGGGUCACGAGGUAUGAUCGAAAUGGAAUAAAAAUAAGAUGGUCACACAUUCCACUUCACGCGGCAGUCAUCUUUGGAGCACCAUUCACUGUGAUCAAGAAGCUAGUGGAACUUUAUCCUGAUGGCGUUAGAUGUGCCGAUGACCAGGCGAUGCUGCCACUACACCUUGCGUUCAAGCAUCUGACGAAUGUGAAUAGCCUGCGUCUCGUGAUGAACGAGUUUCCUGAUGCCAUAUUCACCAAGGACAACCGAGGUCGUCUUCCAUCAGAUAUCCGGGACGACGAGAUAUCAAUCAUAAUACAACGCGUCAUUUCUUGUGCCACGUCUCGUAUUAAGCAACAGACGGAAGAUCGAGACACCAAAGAGAUUACAGAAUUGAGGAAAGCACUUUUGGAGCAGAAACGGGAAGCUCAGGUCGACGACGGCGUAGCGCGGCGACACCAGAACGACCUGCAAGCCCGCGAUGCAACGAUAGAAGUCUUACGGAGUCAGCUCGAAGUCUUGCGUUUCGAACUACAGAGUAUGGAAAAGAAAUCAACAUACUCAUUUCCGUUCAUGCAAUCCGCGGGCCAUGAUUCUAACGGUGAACAGGGAUAUCAACUGAGACGCGGCAUCGAACUCGAAGCCGAGAACGAGGAGUUGAAGGCAAAAGUAAAUGCUUUGCAGAAAGAGCUGACAGCAAUGAAUACAGCACUGCAGAAUCAAGAGAAUCGAAAAAAUAUGAUUCGAAUUGAUGACAACGAUGUUCAUCGCUUCACAGAACUGAGCGAAGCGAUGGUGUCUGAACGAAAUAAAUACGAACAAGAGAAACGAAAGAACAAUGUAUUGGCAGCAGAAAAUGAAAGGAUGAAGGAAGAAAUUGCUCGAGUACGUGCGAGUGUGAGCGAAAGUUACCGAUUGUCCGAUUACGUUGAAUCUGGAGGAAAUUCAGGUGCAGAGAACAGAGCCCCCACGAAGGAGCGUUUUGUGCCCCAGGAGCGUAUCACGAGUUUAAAGAUGGCGCCCGUCGGUGUUGGAUCGAAGGAUCUAGAGUCCUUCUUGGAAACUAGGCUGUUGAAGGAGUUGGACAUCGAGAACAGACGACUCGAGAAACAGCUAGCCGCGAACAACAAUGUGGACGUGAGCGCAUUGCUCAACAAACAAUCAAGAUUACAAGAAAUGGAAAGAGAGGUGAAACACUUUCAAGGCAACUCGCAACGAAUUUUUGGGGGUGGGGUCCUCACAACAGCACCCCAGCAGUCAACAAUAAAAAGAUACGACGAGGAUGAUCAUAGUAGACGAAGAAGCAAUGAUGACGCCUUCGUAGAUGAAUACAACCGAGUCCGCAAACAAGCAAGUGGUGCCUAUAGAAGAUGA